AAUACGCUCACAACUCUCCCCUCUCUCUCUCUCUCUCUCUCUCUCUCUCUCUCUCCGCCACCAACCACCGCAAUUGCAUCUCUGCUGUAAAUUCAAACAGAUAAACGUCUCUCUCAUCUAAUCAUACACAAUCCCAAGGUGUAUCGAAUGGCGAUCAUACCUUGUGGAAGUACAUGGGUAGCUCGGUGGGGACAACCGCAAUUAUUACUAAGAUCUCCUGUGACGAGCAAGUUAUCUACAUCUUCUCAUUGUGUCUCAACCAAGAUAAGAGCAUUGGCUUCACCUAGUUCAACCAAGUUUUCUCAAGAUUCCUUUCAUGGACUGUUCAGUACGUUGUCAUCUCAAAGACCAAGUCAUACCAGGGGAGCCCGCCUGAUUGUUAGAGCUGAGAGUGAUUUCUAUGCUGUCCUUGGGGUCACAAAAAAUGCUAGCAAAUCAGAAAUCAAAAGUGCUUAUCGGAAGCUUGCCAGGAGUUAUCAUCCUGAUGUAAACAAAGAACCUGGAGCAGAACAAAAAUUUAAGGAGAUCAGCAACGCCUAUGAGGUUUUGUCAGAUGAUGAGAAACGUUCCAUAUACGACAGGUACGGAGAGGCCGGGCUUAAAGGUGCUGGCAUAGGCACAGGGGAUUUUAGCAACCCCUUUGAUCUGUUUGAAUCAUUAUUCGAUGGCUUGGGGGGUAUGGGUGGUAUGGGAAUGGGUGGAAGAGGCUCCCGGAGUAGAGCUACAGAGGGUGAGGACCAAAUGUACACUUUGGUUUUGGAUUUCAAAGAAGCAGUAUUUGGGGUAGAAAAGGAAAUUGAAGUGACCCGCCUCGAGGCAUGUAGUACCUGUGAGGGCUCUGGUGCCAAACCUGGGACCCGUGCAUCCAAAUGUAGCACAUGUGGUGGACAAGGCCAAGUUGUGCAAUCGGCGAGAACCCCACUGGGAGUCUUCCAGCAGGUAAUGACAUGCUCUUCUUGUGGUGGGGCCGGUGAAACUUCCACUCCUUGCAACACAUGUAGCGGCGAUGGGCGGGUGAGGAAGUCGAAGCGGAUUAGCUUGAAAGUCCCAGCCGGGGUCGAUUCAGGGAGCCGGUUAAGGGUCCGGGGCGAAGGUAAUGCAGGGAGGCGAGGUGGGGCCCCCGGAGACCUCUUUGUCCUCAUUGACGUUCUUCCAGACCCUGUUUUGAAACGAGACGACACAAAUAUUCUAUACUCGUGCAAGGUCUCUUAUAUCGAUGCUAUUCUGGGAACAACGACAAAGGUUCCAACGGUCGAUGGCGUUGUGGAUUUGAAGAUUCCAGCAGGGACGCAACCGGGAACAACAUUGGUGAUGGCAAAAAAGGGAGUGCCAAUUCUUAACAAGAGCAACAUGAGGGGGGAUCAGUUGGUGAAGGUCCAAGUUGAGAUACCGAAACGGUUGAGUGGUGAUGAGAGGAAGCUUAUUGAAGAACUUGCUGACUUAAGCAAGGCAAAGCCUCUCAACAGUAGAAGAUAAUGGAAGCUGGGAAUUGUGAUCUUUUGUUGUUUUAAUACAUAUUUGAUUUUCCCUACACUUUUGGGUACCAAUUAAUCCUUGUUCGGUCGAACUGAGGCUGUUUUUUGCAUGAAGGAAACUUCUGGGAUCAAUUUUGUAAUCUGUACUACAGUAUACAUUAAUAUACUUGGAGAGGAGGAAGUGAAAACAUUAGGGUCAUUUUUCCAACUAUUUGACAAUUAGUAUUUAUUGUUGGAUUUGUCCU